UGUUUGUCAAAACGUGUGUUGCGCUGCCGCGACUGGAGAUUUUUAUUUGUUCUUGUGAUGCCAUGGCCUACUGUUGUGUUCCAAAGUGCAAUUCGGAUGGUAAAUGUAAGUUACCUGGCAUUUCGUUUCACGAGAUUCCUAGCGACAGUGAAGCGAGAGCAGCUUGGUUAAAAGCCAUCGCUAGGAAAGACUGGACGCCGAAUACGACAUCACGUUACUCGGUUGUGUGUAGCCGUCAUUUUAUACCCACGGACUACAAAGAUGGAUGUAAAACAAGGAAACUCAAGAGGGGAGCAACUCCCAGCGUUUUUGACGACUACCCUGAAUACAUGCAACCGAAGCCGAAGAAAUCUAGGGGCGAUGCGGCUGUGAGGAAACGGGCGGUCGCUGUUGACAUCGCUGCUACACGGCCUCUCAAGAAACGGACAUCAACCAGCCUUUUUGUUGGAGCUGACGAAGACUCGGUACGCCAGGACGGACCUUCCCCAAGUUUUAGCUAUCCAGGUACCACAGAACAUCAGUGUUUCGACCUUCCAGAGCAAGCUGAGGUGCAUGCUACUACUGAACCUAUCUCGAAACACCAAGCCACUCAAGUAGAUGUUCGCAGCAGCAUUUCGGUUUUGGAACGCCGGAAAUUGCGACGUAAGGAGCGUGAUUUAAAGGGACAGAUACAGCGGCUGCGACAAACUGUCGAUAAAUACAAAGAACUCAAGCAACUAAAAGAAGAUUGCAAUUUGACUGCUUUUGUCAAAGUAGUUGAAGCAGCACAAGAAAAACAUGUAGGAGCCUGCAUCCUUGUUGACCAGGUGACUAACUUGUCCAAAGUCAGGCCUACAUACUCUGAAGUUACAGUUCGUAACUGCAUUGUCUUAAGAAAUUUAUCAGCAAAAGCUUAUGAAUUCAUAAGAAGUAAGAAUCUCCUGAAGCUUCCAAGCCGAGCGACCUUGCAGAGGUUUCUGGGAGUGACGACUGGUGAAGUGGGAUUCACAAGUCUUGUGAAAGCGCGUCUCAAAGCAGAACUGUAAAAUCUGAACACGCAGCCACAGCAAGCAAAAGUGUGCUCACUCGUUGUUGACGAAAUGAGGAUACGACAACGCCUCCAAUACAACAAGCAAAGAGACACCUUUGUUGGAGAAGUUGACUUGGGUCAGGAUUUUGGAACUCCAACGAAAGG